AUUUGUAGUUCUUUUUAAUUUUUUUAUUAAAUCGUUGCAGUCAUGUGACGACUGUUGUUUGGAACACGCUGCUACAUUCUCAUUACUCAAUACAGUGGUUUCAUUGUUACAGAAUAUCACUGAAAAUGAUCAAGAUGAAGAAGAAGCUGCCUGAGCGGAUCCUAAAUCACGUCCUGGAGAUUCUCUACCUGCUGACGGGAGAGCGUGCGACUAAUUCACUGACAGUGGGUCACAUGACCGGGGACAAGAUGACAACAGAGAGGAUACUGACCCACACCCUGCAGAUCAUGUACCUGCUGACAGGGGAGGUACCUAUAAAGUGUGAUGAUGUUGCUGUGUAUUUCUCUAUGGAGGAGUGGGAGUAUAUAAAGGAACACAAGGAGCUUUACAAGGACGUCAUGAUGGAGACUCACUCAGCACUACAGACUAUGGAGAUCCCAGGAAAUGAGAGCUCAGGUAUAGUGGCUGUUGGAAUAUCUCUUCCCAUGAACAAGAUGAAGAAGCUGCCUGAGCAGAUCCUGAAUCACAUCCUGGAGAUUCUCUACCUGCUGACGGGAGAGCUUCCGACUAACUCACUGACAGCGAGUCACAUGACCGGGGACAAGAUGACAACAGAGAGGAUACUGACCCACACCCUGCAGAUCAUGUACUUGCUGACAGGGGAGGUGCCUAUAAAGUGUGAUGAUGUUGCUGUGUAUUUCUCUGAGGAGGAGUGGGAGUAUAUAGAGGGACACAAGGAGCUUUACAAGGACGUCAUGAUGGAGACUCACCAAGCACUAAGGACUAUGGCGAUCCCAGGAAAUGAGAGCUCAGAACGAACAGGUCACAGAGAUGGAGAUUUAUACACAGGGGCACAUGCAGAACUUGUACAGCAUAUUCAGCCAAUGGAGACCCUAUCAGGUGACUUUACAAACUGCAAUAAUCCUAGUCAUGGUCAGUGUGCUGAUACUUCUUACAAUCUUCUUCAAAAUCAAAGAAGCCACAUGGGAGAUUUAUGUUUUGAAUAUGGAAAAUGUUUUACCUUUAAAUCAGCCCUUGGUAAUCAUGUGAAAGGUCAUACAGGAGAGAAAACAUUUUCAUGUUCUGACUGUGGGAAAUGGUUUACCCGGAAAGGGCAUCUUCUUAUUCAUCAGAAAAUUCAUACAGGGGAAAAAGCAUUUUCAUGUUCUGACUGUGGGAAAUCUUUUACCCAGAAAGGGAGUCUUGUUAUUCAUCAGAAAAUUCAUACAGGGGAGAAAGUAUUUUCAUGUUCUGAGUGUGGAAAAUCUUUUACCCAGAAAGGGGGUCUUGACUUUCAUUUGAAAAUUCAUACAGGAGAGAAAGCAGUUGCAUGUUCUGAGUGUGGAAAAUGGUUUGCCCAUAAAGGGAGUCUUGUUAAUCAUAAGAAAAUCCAUACAGGGGAGAAAGCAUUUUCUUGUUCUGACUGUGGGAAAUGUUUUAUUCAGAAACAAGCUCUUAAUUAUCAUCUGAAAAUGCAUUCAGGGGAGAAAGCAUUUUCAUGUUCUGACUGUGGGAAAUGUUUUAUACAGAAAUCAGAUCUUAUUUCUCAUGUGAAAAUUCAUACAGGGGAGAGAAAAUUUUCAUGUUCUGACUGUGGGAAAUGUUAUACACAAAAAUCAACUCUUAUUAAGCAUCAGAAAAUCCAUACAGGUGAGAAAUCAUUUUCAUGUUCUGACUGUGGGGAAUCUUUUACCAUGAAAGGGCAACUUGUUAAUCAUUUGAAAAUUCAUACAGGGGAGAAAACAUUUUCAUGUUCUGAGUGUGGAAAAUAUUUUACCCGGAAGGGGAGUCUUGUUAUUCAUCAGAAAAUUCAUACAGGGGAGAAAGCAUUUUCCUGUUCUGAAUGUGGAAAAUGUUUUACUCACAAUUCUACUCUUUUUAGGCAUCAGCAAAUUCAUUCAAGGGAAAACUUAUUUUUGUGUUCUGAAUGUGGGGAAUGUUUUGCCAUAGAAGCAAAUCUUGCUAGUCAUCUGAAACUUCAUAUUAAAGGAAAUCAGUGAAAUCAGAGCUUGAAGUGUAGAGGGCGACACAUAGUCCUCUUCCACACAAUGUCUAGAGUGCUUUUGAUUACUUUUGGAGCUGUUUGAGGUCCUUUAUGCACAUCAAUAAGUUAUAAGGUGGCCCUGGGGGUUCAGGUGUCCCUAUAUAGGUUUGACUAAUCAAGUUGUCACAUGGAAUAAAAUUGUGUAUUUAUUUUAGUAGAGGUUCAUCGAAAUUAUGUGCAGAUCAAAGUUAUAUAAAAAUAUGAUACUGGUAAGAACAGUGUGAUGACCAGGGUUAACCAACCCUGUGCUAGUCACUUGUUUGGCACAGAAAGGGUUAACCGACCCUUCCUACUUUCAUUAAUCUGUCACAGUCUAGCCACUCAAACUAAAUAAGCUGCCACUAGUACUACUUAUGAUUUAUUUAUGGGAAAUUCUAAGGAAAAGCCCAGACUAACAACUUAACUCCCAGAAUACGAUUUGGCAAAAAAUAACCUAAAAUCACAGUACUAAUACUACCAGUCUCUUUCAGUAACAUGGUUCAAAUAUUAGACAAAGGCAAAAACUUUAUUAUGCGAAAAAUGAUGCACAGUGCAUUAUUAAUAACAAUAUUUUAACAAAUAGAAUUAUACACAAGCAAACGGUUUUAAAAACAAAAAGGAGAAAUAACAGAAACCUUAUAAUUUACUAGCUUUUAGUUGUCUGUGCCAGGGAGAUGGCAGGAAAAGUUGGUCACUUGCUCUGUAGUAUACAGCCUACCAUGAAGAAUGAACAACUUCAGUUGUUAAAACACAAAAUGUUAUACUUUUUUCUCCAUGAUAUCAAAUUGCUUGACCCAACCUUCUUGCAGAGGGGGCUAGGGAAAUAUAAACCCCUCUCUCUUUUACGACGGGUCAUAAAGUGUCUUUGCCUGAAAUUAUAGACCACUUUAUAACUUCUGAUAGGCAUAUUCAGCACAUACACCUAUAUAAGCAAUUUCCCAGGGACAUCAUGAGAUUUAGUUUGGUACCAAAUAUGACAUGGUUGUCAUAUUUUCCUCAUCUAGUUUCAUAACAUGUUUAAAAGCAUGUCUUAAAUUGUACUAGUGUCCUAUUAUCAUCCUUAUCUGCUCUGGGGUGAGUGCACUGCUUAUUAUCACUUCAGCUGAGACUUUUAUUUUUCUUAAUGGAUCAAUGCAUAUGCACUAACAUUUGGUAAAGUGGAACUUAGAAACUAUUAGGGGUGCUGGCUUAUCAAAGGGAAACACACACAGCACAUUUAUUCUUAACAAAAAAAAAUGUUUUUAGCACACAGGCUAAAGAAAAGUAACCCCUUAGCAUCUAAAUCCUGAAGUAUUCAUGACACCUCCCCCAAAUAAGAUCAAAUUGAGCUUUCCCUUGAUGUGAUAACACCAUUCCCAGACAAAUUGUGCAUAAGAGUUUUGCCAUCAUGAUGCCCCCCAUUUAAAAAAGACACACAAUUUGCUCUACCCAGCUGAUUUAAUAUAUUGCAGGGACCCUUGCAGCCUGUAGCUUGCUCUGCCUCAUGUUAGUACCAGAAAAUUCUGCCCCAUCUCAUACACUCCCUCUCUGGCAGUAGAAUCCUGCAACUGUUCUUGUAUGAAUAUGGCAUUGACAGCGCUGAGUUUUUCAGGUACCUCCCCCAGUAAGGCUUGCAUCUUGUCCCUGAAACAUACAUCAUACCCUGUGAUGGCUAUUUUCUUGCCAAACCCUCUGAACAUAUUGUGGGUUGUCAGCUUUUGAUUAACUACCCAGGGAUCUUGCUCCUCCAACUGAGUAGAAUGCCUGUACUCCUGCACUUUGUUAUGGUUGGUAGGAGGUUGCCUAAUUGCCCCCUCAUUUCUCCACUCUGGGGACUCUGACUCUGUAAAACACUUUGGGGGUGCCUUAAAGAGUAUCAUGUACCUUCCUCCCCACACACUCUGGAUUCUGGGGCGCUGCUGCUUCUGGCACAGAUUGGACUACAUUCUCCCUCUGCUCUCUCUCACAGUCAGUCUGCCACUUCACAUCCUCACACAGAAUUUGGGAUCCUUCUGACACUGGUACAGACAAGCACAUAUCUUCCUUCUGCCAUUUAUCCCAUAUAUCAUGUCUCUUUCUUUCCAUGGGGGACUCCACUUGUUCUGGCACACAUCAUCCAGUGGCCCAGUCAUUCUCGCCCCUUAUAUUUUCACUCUUUUCUAAGUUACACUGUUUCUAACACAGACAGACACACACCACCCAUCUACAUCUUCUCACAGCCAGUUUCUCCUUGUACAGUUAAACUCUGUUCCACAGAGAAUACUGGUUCAGGCAUAGACAUCUGCCUUUCUUCACAGUCCGUCUCACACUGAACAGGUAAAUUUGGUUCUUCAGAUCCUACUGGUUCAAGCACAGACAGACCCACACUAUCUAUCCGUAUUUCUCCCCAGUUAGUCUCUCCUCUUCAAGUUCCACAUUUCAGCACAGACACCCACAGUUCAGGCACAGCACUUUGCACUCCCUCCUGAUCAGCAUGUUUCUGAGCUUUUUUACACACGGCCCUUUGCACAUCAGGGUUCUACAACUGUCACCAGGUCACAUGCAUGUAGCUUUGUCAGGUACAUACAGAGAUAACAAUCUACCUAGAUCAGUACCCAGUUAAUCAGUAUUAGGAAUAUUUUCAGAUACCCACACAUUUCUUAAACCUCUCCCUGCUCCCUAAUCAAGAUAUACACAUGCCAUAGGCACUGCAAGUUGCACUUCCCCAAUCCCUUUGACUGCUACAGUCCUACCCGGAAUAAUGUCCUUAGAGCUCGACCAGCCCUGGACGCACAAGUGUCACUGCUGCACCUGUGUCCCGACGCCCCAAUGUUACCUUAGAUCCAACAGUCACAGGUUGUAAGUUCUCAUUGUUGCUUUCCUGGUACUUUUGAGGGAUUACUCCCUCAAGCUGAUUGCACCAAUGUAAUCUUCUCUGGGCAAGUGGAGCUGAUUUGGCCCACUUUGUUGCAAGCAAAACACCUGCCGGUAUCCCCCUGCCCAGGUGCAGCACUCGUCCCUCCUUUCCCAGAGGGAAAAGACACAUUAAACAAAGGCACAACAGGCUUUGUGAAGGGGGUCAUAAAGCAGCUCCCUUCCAGGUGGAUGCCCCAUAAAAUCUUUUCUCCCAUUUACUGGUGACCUGUUGGCUGUAUAAAAAUCUGCCAGCUCACCCGCCUCCAAUGUUGUUUUGGGUUUCCGAUCCAGCACCCACUCCUGCACAGCUGCAUGAAUUGCUCCUUAAACAUCAGAUCUUCCAGGUCCUCCAUAGUGGCAAUCUUUAGCCCUCUGGUCCACUGUUUAAAUUAUGUUGUCAGACUUCCAACAACCGCAGUAUAGUUCUCUGAUAUACCCCUCUGCAGAGUAUGGAAUUUCAUUCUGUACACCUCAGAGUGAGAUUAUACCUCCUCUGUGGUGCAGCUUUAAUUGCAUAAUAGACCUGAUCAAUCUCUGGAGGUAGUUCAGCAAAAGCCUCCAGUGCAGGACCUUUCAGACCAGGGGUAAGAUACUUGGCCCACUGCUCACUUGGCAGCUGGAACUGUCUGCAAACUUUUUCAAAACUGCGCAUAAAUACAUCCAAUUCUCCAUCUUUCUCCAGUGUAAAGAUACUCUCUGCCAGCAGUCUGUUUAAAGAGGAGUCUCUAGGUUCACUAACAACAGGUAAGACAGCUCUCUCCAACUGUGCAAGCUGUAGCUGAUACUCUCAAUCUGGCGCUCAGCUGCUUCCCUAGCAGCCUCUCUCUCAGCACAGCGCUCAGCAGCCUGUCUUUCUCCAGCCAGAGCCUCUCUCUCAGCCUGGAGCUCAGCUGCUUCCCUAGCAGCCUGCUGUUCUUGGAAUUUCAGGAUCAGCUCCAAUGCACAAACUUGGAUCUGCUGAGCCCAUAUGCUUUAGAACAGUUUGCAAAUAACAGCCUGGGGAUCUCCAGAGCUUGAUGAAUAACUUCCCACAGACACCUCUCCUGAGGCUUCAGCUUGUGCGGCCUGGCUGCUUUCAUAGUCCAAAAGAGCUUGUAUCAAUCCCUCUUUCAUUUUCUCAUGGGAGGGAAUCACUCUCUCCUGGCAUAACUGUGCCAACAUUUCCUUGGUCUGCUGCUGGUAUGUCUCCAUAGUAGAAAAGAAAAAAGAAUAGUGAAGGGAACUGUUUGCAAUGUAUAGCUAUAUAAUGCACUAAGUUUUAACCUUUGGAAAUUGUGAGUCACAAUUUCUUUUAGUGCUGGGAUUUUCACACUAGCAAAUCCACAAAGCACUAAAAUCUAAUAAAGAAAAAUAUCUACACCGCUGCCCACCAAUUUGUGAUGACCAGGGUUAACCAACCCUGCAGACCAGUCACUUGUUUGGCACAGAAAGAGUUAACCGACCCUUCCUACUUUCACUAAUCUGUCACAGUCUAGACACUCCAGGCAAGCCUAUGACUUAGUUCAGUGGGUGCAAAGGUUAAAGGGACAGACUAAUCCAAAAUAAACUUUUAAGAUUCAGAUAGGGCAUGGAAUUUUAAUCAAUUUUCCAAUUUACUUUUAUCACCAAUUUUGCUUUGUUUUCUUAGUUGAAAGCUAAACCUAGGAGGUUUAUAUGCUUAUUUCUAAGCCCUUGAAGGCUGCCUCUUAUCUCGGGGCAUUUUAACAGUUUUUCACCACUAGAGGGUGUUAGUUCAUGUGUUUCAUAUAGAUAAAUAUGUGCUCAUGCACGGGAGUUCCUAGGAGCCAGCACUGAUUAGCUAAAAUGCAUGUCUGUCAAAAGAAAUUAAAUAAGGGGGCAGUCUGCAGAGGCUCAGAUACAAGGUAAUCGCAGAGGUAAAAAGUGUAUUAUUAUUACUGUGUUGAUUAUGCAAAAGUAAUGUGUAAUAAAGGGAUUAUCUUUUAAAAAAAAAAAAAAAAACAUUCUGGUGUAGACUGUCCCUUUAACAACACUCUCUAGUCUAUCUUAGACUUAGAAAAAAUGCCCAAAACUCCCCUUUACUGCCACUCAAACUAAAUAAGCUGCUACCACUUACAAUUUAUUUAUGGGAAAUCCUAAGGAGUAACAACUUAACUCCCAGAAUACAAUUUAGCAAAAAAUAACACAAAAUCACAGUACUAAUAUUACCAGUAACAUGGUUCAAAUAUUAGACAAAGGCAAAAACUUGAAUAUUAAUUGAAUGUUUAUUAUGCAAAAAAUGGUGCACAGUGCAUUAUUAAUAAAAUUAUGUUAACAAAUAGAAUUAUACACAAGCAAACAGUUUUAAAAACAAAAAGGAAAAAUAACAGAAACCUUAUACUUUACUAGCUUUUAGUUGUCUGUGGCAGGAAAAGUUGGUCACUCGCUCUGUAGUAUACAGCCUCCCAUGAAGAAUGACCAACUUCAAUUGUUAAUACACAAAAUGUUAUUAUUAUUUUUUUCAUGAUAUCAAAUUGCUUAAUAUACAGAAGCGAGAACUGGCACUAGGUACAGUAUGUAUGGUGGAAUAAAUAGAUAUUAAAUCCGGUGCUAACCCUACAAUAUAGACACAAAAUGUAUAAGGUAAGAGAACUUCAAGACAAGGGUUUUAAACAGCACUCAUUCCUACUUUAAGUAUUUAAAAAAAUGAAUUUUUAUUAUAAUUAAAAGUUAAAAGAGAAAAAGGUAAACACCUUUUCAAAAAAGUUAGUACCCACUAAGCAGCUGGUCACCUUGUCCCCCUGUUUCCUGGCCAAUAGCAGCUCCCUCAGCUUCAGGUGACAGGGACAAGGGACAGCUUAUUAAAACCAACAAUUGUGCACAAAAGUGCUUACAAAGGGCACAAACGUGUUUCGGCUGUACUAUUCAGCCUUUUUCAAUGUGGCAGGACAAACCGAGGCCCGGGUGCCACCCUCUUAUAUAGCACUUACUACCUGUCCAAUAGCCAAUCAUAUGCCUCCCUUCCAAAAUGCCCUUUCAUUCACCAAUAGAAGGCUACGUACUGGGGUCGUGUGGGAAAGGCUUGUAUCCAAUAGGUGUAAAUUUGUCACCCUUGUUAAUAACGAUUCUUUAUGUGUUAUUUACAUAAUAGAAUCUAUCACUCUCAUGGUUAUUUCUCUUAUAUUAUAAGAAUAUAUGUAGAGCGGGCAAAGUAAUAGUUUAUCUAACAUUGUCCAUGAUCGCACAUAAUGCUUGUCAAUUGAAACCCCUUAUGAUCGAAUGUGAGUCAGUCUUAUGAGCACAAGUGUUUAUAGGCGAGAGUGUUUACAUGAAAUAGUUCUGACAAUAUACUCCGUAAUAUGUGAGAUUGUUAAUUCCCCAGUGUCUUCUGAUUAAAGGUUGAAGAAUGUUGACAUAUUUAAACCUGUCAUAUGUAUUUCUGAGCCUUAGAGUAAGCUGAUCGUGAAUAACAAUUGUACAGGUUAACAUGUUGCACAUAUAUUUUCUAUGUAGAUUACAGAUGGUGUACGUGUCAUCUCUAGUAUGAUAGGCUGACAUCUGGCAAUUUUAAAACGGUAAUAGUGCCACUAUAUUCUAUACUUGGAUAGCAAUUUAAGCCUAUCACUAUUAUUAUAUGAGUAGCAAGCUCGUUGAUUCAUGUAUGUCAUUAACCUGUUAAUGCUUAUUAAACUUGCUGUAUAUGUG